AUUUUGCCUUUGUUUUUGCGAGUCACCCUGGUCAUAGCCCACUUUCUAAACUGGGAAAGAGGGCUGAUGUCUGUUUCCGUAGCUUUAGGACAAGUUGCAAUGAAUUCGAAUGUUUUUAUUAUAGAUUAUAUUGUGAUGUGAUUAUGUAGGAAAAUGGAGGAGCCAUGGGAUUUCGAAUUUGUGUCGCGAAUUAUGGACGGCCUGGUAUCGUUCCUGUCCGAGUUUGUGGAAGACUGGCUAGCCAAUGAUAUGAGGGUGGCCAUAUUUAAAAUCCUAUUCAGCUGGCUCGUUUUCAGCCUUAUCGCCAUUCACUUUGCGUGGAAAGUAUAUGGAAACACAGUCAACGACAUGUACUACAGGCAAGGCACUGGGGGACAGAACGGUGGUACUCCUGACACAGCACCACACCUCAGUGGCUGGGAGAGUGCUGCUGGGGAAGUCUUCAAGACGCACCGAGAGUAACAAGAACAUGCCUACCGCCGGUGCUGACCGAUCUGACUGCAGUGUUCUGGCUCUCUAACCAAGCAGAUGUGAGGGAGUCCUGCUGAUCCUUCCCGGAGGCGGGGCACUGCGUUCAUGUGGAAACUCUGGAGCAGCUGGGCUGGGGCUGAAUGACACAUGUCAAACACCAGCCAGGGAGGACAACCCUACCAUAAACCAAAGGCCCUGAACAGGAAAAGAACACUUACACAAAUCAAAGCCAUUAGGAAAUAAUGGGUGAGGUCCUGUUUUAUACUUUUCCCCACCUCUCCUUGUGAGCUCCAGUCCUGCCCAUACACUCCUAGUAGCAGUGGUUUGGUGGGCCAGCUGUCACAAAGAGCAGCUGGCUUGUUCCCAGUGUUUGAUAGAUUUAGAACGUGUUUUUCCAAUCAUAAUGCAGGGGCUGAACUCUGUCCACUGGCUUUCUGUCCAGCUGAGGCUUAGUUAACCCACCUGGGUCAAGCCCUCAGAAUGGAUCUCAGCAGCAUACUGUGGAAGGGGGACACCUCUGUUUUAUCUUCCGUGCGCCUAUCAAGAAGGAUAUCUGAUAUCUCAGUUAUAGAAGUAUAUCAUUCCUACACCACUAAUACGCUUUUACUGUCCGUGCAGGGUAAAUGUCCUUAUUCCUGUUCCAUUCACUCAUUAACCUGACUCUGGCCUCAGUCAUCAGAGCUGUUUCAGACCAGGCCACACAUAAGCCAUUGUACAGUUUGUAACGCUGGUUAAAUGAGGCAGGCCUGGCUGGUAAGCACAGCUAAUUUGCAUGAGGCAAAGUCAACUUUCUGAAUUUGUCUUGAGAAAAGGUUCAAGGGAAGGUAGUGAGUUGUUUUUAAACAUCAUCUGGAGGGGGAUAAGUGCCAGGAUCAGGAUAUGCUGAGCUUCAGGCCUCGUUCCUCGUCCUCACAUCUAGCAGAUUUCCUUGGAUGCACGGAUUGUUGGCAGUAUGUAAUCAGAAGAUUGCGAUUGAGAACCUUCCGUUGCUAAUGUCACUAUGUAUUUUGUUUGCUGUAAAACAAUAAAAGCCUGUCAGACCCA